AUGGCCACCCAAUCCACCCCCACAACCACAACGGCGGAACCCCGCGCCCGCGUCCGCGAGGUCCUCCCGAAUCUCCACCUCGGCACCCACCCGCCCGGCCCCAAAAACUCCAUCACCGACGUCCCCGGCGUCCUCGCCUCCACCCAGGAGAUCCACUCCGCCCCCGGCGUCAACACCGGCGUCACCGUCAUCCUCCCCCGCGACACCUGGUUCAAGGACGCCUGCUACGCCGGCAUCUUCCGCUUCAACGGCUCCGGCGAGCUCACCGGCUCCCACUGGAUCGAGGAGACCGGCCUGCUCGCCAGCCCCGUCGUCCUCACUAACUCCCUCUCCGUCGGCGACGCCUACCGCGGCGUCUACGAGCACUCCAUCCGCCACUACGCCAACGCCAACGGCGAGGUCGCCUGGUUCCUGUUACCUGUCGUCGGCGAGACCUUCGACGGCUACCUCAACGACAUCGCCAAGCUCGCCGUCGCGCCCGCCGACGUCGUCCGCGGCAUCGAGACCGCCGCCGCCGACCCCGUGCGCGAGGGCAACACCGGCGGCGGCACCGGCAUGAUCUGCCACUACUUCAAGGGCGGCACGGGCUCGAGCUCGCGCGUGGUCGGCGGGCUGGACGCCGACGGCAACCCCACGUCCUACACGGUCGGCGCCCUCGUGCAGGCCAACUACGGCAAGGCGGCGCACCUGCGCGUCGGCGGGUUCCCCGUGGGGCGGGCGCUCGAGGCGGAAAAGGCCGCGGCGCAGGCCGACGUCGCCGCGCACAAGGAGAAGAAGGACGGGUCCAUCAUCGUCGUCAUCGCGACCGACGCGCCGCUGACGCCCGUGCAGUGCCAGCGGCUGGCGAAGCGGGCGACCGUCGGGCUCGCGCGGGUCGGCGGGUACGGGCAUAACCCCUCGGGCGACAUCUUCCUCGCCUUCUCGACGGGGAACGCGGUCCCCGUGCAGACGCUUGAUAGUGAGAAGAAACACGUGGACCCGUUCAAGGCGAGGGCGUUGAGGGUCGAGAGCGUGGAUGAUACGACUAUCAACGGGUUGUUUGAGGCGGCGGCGGACGCGACGGAGGAGAGUAUUUAUAACGCGCUGUGCGGCGCCGAGACGAUGACGGGGUUCUGUGAUAGGAAGAUCGAGGCGUUGCCUUUGGAUCGGUUGAGGGAGAUUAUGGCCAAGUACGAUUCGUAA